AAUCUCCAAUGGCAGGGUAGCUUGGAAGUUGAAAGUUGGAACUCAGCCUCGGACGAUCUGCACCGCCACGGGUUACCUCCUAGCUACAUGUACCUAACCUAGGCAAUUACCUUAGGUAAUAUUGAAUUAGUUAAUCGAUUAGUGGAGGCCCCACGCAGCUCUCAAACGCGCAUCCGCGCAUCAACGCAACUACGUCAAAAAAUACCGAAGCUUUUGGAGCUACCUGACACGCGAUUCGGCAUCAACGCAAAAAUCUACUUACUACUUACAACCAUACUUACUUUACAACCGUAGCGCCUUAAUACUACUCCCGAUAUGAUGGAAAUUGACGAGGAAGAUGUCUUACGCGCAAUCGCGAACGGUGGUUCUGUUGACUUUUCAAUAUGGCCAGCUCUAUUAUCGGGAAUAGUGGCGCGAAUCGAAAAGAUCACACAUCAUGAAUUCCCAAUACCUAACCUGCCAUCCACGGCGGUUGCUACUACUGCUAUUCCAUCUUCGAUACCACAUCCGCCCUUAGUUCGACGCUAUUCAGAGCCGACAGAGAACUUUCUAUCGCCACUGCCGUCGUCGCCUUUAGAGCCGCCGAGCUCAGCAUCUUCUCAAGAUAAUAAAGAAAAUACACCCAUUGCGCCACGGGUAAACCCGCUGUCUACAUCAGCUCCCGCCUCUUCCACAGCCCUUCCUCCGGGCACGCUACCACCACAAAUCAUCUCUAUGCUUACCGAGAUAACCUCUACUUUAAAAUCCACAUUCCCCAAGUACCCUCCACAUACUUUACAACGCUUAACGGAGCUUGUCCUAGCACCUAGAAAUCACUACCGUACAUUGCCAACAUAUCUUCAUGCCCUCGAUAGAGUUGUCCAUGUGACUUCGGGUCUUAACAUUUAUCCACUCCCUCCGGCGAUACCGGAUAUGAAAACAGCAUCGCUGCUGACAAAUGGAAUAUCCGAUGCCAUAGCCUCGCCGUCGCCCUUCGCCGCACCCGGCAGUGACGAAGCUCUAGGCGGUGCUCUCUUGACUCCCAUCCCCUGGCUCCAGCCAAACCAGCAUGGAAUUGGUGGGCCCUCGCAAUCCUCACUGGGAACACCGGGAACUAGAAGUCCUAACAGCCAGAAUAGCGGAGCAGUCGGCCCAAUAGGCGGUGAUCUCGAAGGCGAGGUACGUACGGAAAGCACCGAGACCAUCGAUGGUCCCAAUGGCGUCGGUAGUAUCGAGACGGUAUCAGUAUCGGUGAAUGGUAUCCCCUCAAUGGGCGCCCGUGGUAUAGGCGUGACUCAAGGCGAGCUACUGAGGCAGGAACAACGAGCUGGCGUGGUCCCCGUCAGCCAGCUUGUGCCUAGCCACCACGUACACGGCGGGAACCCGCACGCCCAGGUUCACCGGCGAGCGUCCACCUCUCCGAGUACCGAAUCACCUCAAAAUGCAGCGACGCCGACUUCUUCAUCCGGCAGUCCCGAGGCUGACAGGAAGUCCCAGUCUCCUCCGAAUGUAGAUACCCCUACUUCUACUAGCGGUACUGCUACCCCUACCGUAGAUGCCGACGCCCCUCUGGGCUCGGUAACCGGCACAGACGACGAGAAGCCGCACGCGCGCGGGCCCGAGGAAAUUGGCCCAGAGGACAUGGGUCCGCAGCACGGCAACACGAGUCUCGGGAGCACUACGAUCGGCAGUCCAGGUGGUGUCGAGAUGCAAGGCAUCGACGUCGAAGCAGCGGUUGGUCGAAAAGCGGUAGGGGGCCGUGGAAGUAGCAAGAGUCCUCCGAAGACGGACGCGGCGGGCGAUAAGAUGGACGUCGAGGCAUCGGAAAGCGAAGGCAGCGAUCGAGAAACGAAACGUGAAGCGGAGGACGAGCCUGAGGGCGCUGCGGGAACGAAGAAACUAAAAGAGGAUAAGGAACUGGCGUCCAAGACGACUACCGAAGAAGGACAGACCGAGGCCGAGGCUAUGGAUACUUCUUCCGAUGGCAAGGAAGAAGCGAAAGGGGUGCAGGGGAGCGUCUAGGAUAGGCUCCCUAAUCUCCGCAGAUGGCUGUAGUCGUUUGUUUAUUACAGAAGCGAGAACGGAAUAAGGAAGGACUAUCCGGUCGCGACACGCGGUCGUUGGUCGCACGUAAGAUAAGGACCGUAUUCCGAGGUCGAAUUUGGUUGGAACUGGCACAGGAGAAAGGGGAGGGGUAUACUGUAUUUUUUUUUUCUCGUUCGGUCUUGGGAUUUUUGGAACUUGUGACUUGAUACCAGACGGAGGUGGAUUAUGGACCGUCGGGGACCGUAGUAUAGUCAUUUUCUGCCGUGACAUAGGAUACUUUGUAUGAAUGGACAACGCGUCGGUUCAGCCCUGGCCCGCAUUUAUACGCCGUGGAUCAAUCAUUGCAUGGAAUGUUCACUGCAUGGGUAUUGGUGACGAUGGGACAGGAUGGAU